GCCCCGUUCUAUCCAUUCCCUUCAUCUUCAUAGCAGCAGAACCUCUUUUCCUCAUCCUCCUCUACUGUUCUUGAUCGCUUCAGAAAGACACAUCAAGUAAUUCGAUCAUGAGCUACCAGCAGGGCUACCCACAGCAGGGCGCCACGGCCUACCCUCCGCCCGGCCAGCAGCAGGCCUACGUCGCGCCGCCGCCGGCUGCGUACCAGCAGGGCCAACAGUACCCUCCUGCCGGCGCCGACACCACCAGCCGCGGCGGGCACGGCCACGGCGGCGAUGGCUUCUUGAAAGGAUGCUGCGCGGCGCUCUGCUGCUGCUGCCUCCUCGACGCCUGCUUCUGAUCGACUUCAUCCCAUGUUGUUGGACCCACACUAUCAGGCGCGGCAUAUAGAUUAUAGAGUAUCGUCAUAUUUUGCUUCUUUCUCGUAACGUGGUACAUGUGUUGAGUACUGUCUCAGAACAAUAUUUCUUGUGUAAUGGUGUGCGUUUUUUUCAUUCGUAUGAUCCAGAUAUAUAGAUAGACAUGUCAGAUUGAUCUGAUGGCCUUACCGAAUGCA